UCGCAGCCUUAUCACAUAUCACCUCCCCGGCUCUGCGCUCCACUCCCAAACCCUGCUGCUCCCCGAUCAGCCGCAGGUACGCUUCUCUGGCCUGCUGCGACUCAAACCCCCCAUUUGAAUCAGCAUCCGUGCCCGCUAGGAAGUCAAGCAGCCGACAUCCACCACCGGCGCGCCUGCCCCAACGCGCCGCACGUUUUCCAUCCCUCCAUCCGACCAAGGGAUGGCCUACGCGGCCCUCAGUGUGGCGCAAUGGGUGGUGGGCAAGGCGCUGGCCCCCGUUGUGGAUGGCGUGCUGGGGGCUUGGGCUGCCACCAAGAACUUUGGUCCCAACGUCGAGGCCCUCGGCACAGAACUACUGCUCGUGAAGGCCCGGCAAUGGAGAUGCUGCUGCAGAAGAUGCGGGACUCGGCACAAAAAGCCGAAGACUUGCUGGACGAGCUGGACUACUUCCGCAUCCACGACAAGCUCCAUGGCACAUAUGAGGCUGCCGAUGAGCACGGCAAGGGUUGCGUCCGCAACCUUGCCCUCAAUGCUCGCCACACCGCCAAAGCUGUUGGCAAACUGGUCAAUUGUUGCGCUUGGCAGCGUGCUAAGCGCCAGCAGAGGUCAUGCAACAAUUCCUCCUCAUCGCCAAAUGUCAAUCAGGAGGUCGGCGGAUGCAUGCCCAAGUUUGGUAAACUCCUGCCUUUCUCGUCUUCCCGACAUCAACAUGUUGGUGAUGACGACCGUGGCAAUGAACAAGAAACACCAGAGCUUGAGUUUAAUAGGGUUGAUUUCUCUCAAAGGAUGAAGGGCAUUGUAGAGAAACUACAGCUUAUGCGCAAUGAGAUUAACUAGAUUUUGAUGCA